UAAUAAUAUAUAUUAUGCUGUGUGCAUAAAAACAUUCAAAAUGAACGAAAUGGACGAUAAGUUUUACUAUGUGUAUAGUUCAUCGUUGGACCACAAAGUUGAAAUAAAAAUUGGAACUUUAGAAGGAAAGCGAUCCAAACCUGAAUACGACAAGCUCCUCUCCGAUCCUAUGUUAAAAUUCUCCGGCCUCUACCAGGAAGGGUGUUCCGAUCUCUUUGUGACAUGUCAAGUGUUGUGCGAUGGAGUGCCUCUAGCGCUGCCUGUUACUACAUCGUAUAAAGCUUUCACUAACAGAUGGAAUUGGAAUGAAUGGGUAACUCUACCAGUGUACUACAGUGAUUUACCUCGUAAUGCUAUACUCGCCAUGACAAUAUAUGACUGCGCUGGGCCAGGGAAGUUAAUGGUGGUUGGUGGUACAACCAUCUCGCUGUUUGGCAAACAUGGCAUGUUGAGACAGGGGAUGUUCGAUCUGCGCGUGUGGCCCGGCGUGGAGGGCAGUGAGAAGACGCCAGGCAAGGCGCCGGACAGGGGCAAGGAGCAAAUGCAGAGGCUGGCCAAGCUGGCCAAGAAACAUCGCAAUGGACAUAUGCCGAAGGUGGACUGGCUCGACAGACUCACAUUCAGAGAGAUUGAAAUGAUCAACGAAAAAGAGAAGAGAAACUCCAACUAUAUGUACCUCAUGAUCGAGUUCCCGACAGUGCAAAUAGAUGGCGUUGAUCACGCAGUAGUGUACUACGAACAAGACGGCGACGAAAUGUACCAGUUCAGAGCGCAAGCUGAAAUUGUGACCGUACCCGAUUACGAAAUACUACAGGAGAACCUAAUAGAAAGCAAACAACAUCGCCUAGCGCGUUCAGUCCGCGGUGUAGCUCCAGCUCGUGACGCGAAGCCCUCAGCCGGUGAGAGGGACCGUCUCGCUGCAUUAUUGUCCAGCCCACCGGCACCGCUGUCCGCUGAUGAACAGGAUCUUAUAUGGAAGUAUCGAUUUUAUUUGUCAACUCACCGGAGAGCACUCACGAAGUUUUUGGAAUGUGUCAAUUGGAAUCGACCAGGCGAGGUACGUCAAGCAUUAGCAAUGAUGAAGCAAUGGGCGCCCAUGGACGUAGAAGAUGCCCUUGAAUUAUUGACACCAAAAUUCACGCAUCCCGCUGUAAGAAAGUACGCAAUAUCUAGAUUAAAGCAGGCACCCGACGAAGACCUACUGUUGUAUUUAUUGCAAUUAGUACAAGCGUUGAAGUAUGAAGACUUUCUCGAAAUACAUGAAGAAUACGUGCGUGUAUGCGGGAAAGAGUUGGCGAUACCGACUGAGGGAGAGAUCCGACCGCAACACCGCGGUAGCCAGGCCACAUUACUUUCUGCGUCUGGGUUAACAGCAAGUGAAAUGACAACAUCAACUAGUAGUCGACAUUCGGAUACAGCGGAAGAGGGGGCUUCCGAUUCAACGAUACAAACACUCGAGGAUAAUGCUGAUUUCAGCCCCACGGAGCCGGGGGAGCAGAGUCUCGCGUCGUUCCUGAUCAGCCGCGCGUGCCACAACAGCGCGCUGGCCAACUACCUGUACUGGUACCUGCUGGUCGAGUGCGAGGACGGCGAGGCGCCGCGCCCGCUGCCCACGCGCGGCAUGUACCUCGCCGUCAUGCGCACGCUCUCGCACCGCCUGGCCAAGGGUAGCUGCGCACAACAGCGUACACGCUCAUUCCUAGCGCGACAACAAGUGUUCAUAGACAAGCUAGUGCGACUCGUCAAGAGCGUCGCACGAGAGAGCGGCUCGCGCCAGCGCAAAGCGGAAAGAUUACAAUUAUUAUUGGCCGAUCCGGACCACUUCAAGUACAACUUUGCCAACUUCGAGCCGAUGCCCUUCCCGCUGGAUCCUACUGUCACUAUUAAGGGCAUAGUAGCGAAAAAGGCGAGUCUUUUCAAAUCUGCCUUAAUGCCGUGCAAGCUAACGUUCCUCACGACGGAGGGAAGCGAGUACGAAGCUAUCUUCAAGCAUGGAGACGAUCUUCGGCAGGAUCAGCUUAUUUUGCAAAUGAUAACACUCAUGGAUAAAUUGUUGAGGAGAGAGAAUCUGGACCUAAAACUGACGCCAUACAAGGUGCUGGCGACGAGCUCGAAGCACGGCUUCCUGCAGUUCGUGGAGUCGGUGACGGUGGCCGAGGCGCUGGCCAGCGAGGGCAGCAUACAGAACUUCUUCCGCAAGCACAGCGCCUGCGACACGGCGCCCUACGGCAUCCGCCCCGACACCAUGGACACGUACCUGCGCUCCUGCGCCGGCUACUGCGUCAUCACGUACCUGCUGGGUGAGUGGCAGAAGUGGAACUGCUUCCGCAAGCACAGCGCCUGCGACACGGCGCCCUACGGCAUCCGCCCCGACACCAUGGACACGUACCUGCGCUCCUGCGCCGGCUACUGCGUCAUCACGUACCUGCUGGGUGAGUGGCAGAAGUGGAACUGCUUCCGCAAGCACAGCGCCUGCGACACGGCGCCCUACGGCAUCCGCCCCGACACCAUGGACACGUACCUGCGCUCCUGCGCCGGCUACUGCGUCAUCACGUACCUGCUGGGUGAGUGGCAGAAGUGGAACUGCUUCCGCAAGCACAGCGCCUGCGACACGGCGCCCUACGGCAUCCGCCCCGACACCAUGGACACGUACCUGCGCUCCUGCGCCGGCUACUGCGUCAUCACGUACCUGCUGGGUGUAGGUGACCGUCACCUGGACAACCUGCUCCUCACAAAAUCCGGGGCGUUAUUCCACAUAGACUUCGGUUACAUCCUGGGCAGAGAUCCCAAACCACUUCCCCCACCAAUGAAGCUCAGCAAAGAGAUGGUGGAAGCCAUGGGUGGGGUGCACUCGGAGCAUUACCAUGAGUUCAGGAAACAGUGUUAUACCGCCUUUCUGCAUUUGCGCAGACACGCGAACCUAAUGCUGAACCUAUUCUCUCUGAUGGUUGACGCGUCCGUACCAGACAUAGCUCUCGAGCCAGAUAAAGCGGUUAAAAAAGUGCAGGAUAAACUGCGCCUGGAUCUAGGCGAUGAAGAAGCGGUACAUUACCUACAGAACCUUCUAGACUUAUCAGUCACAGCUGUAAUGGCGGCACUCGUCGAACACUUCCACAAGUUCGCGCAGUACUGGCGCAAGUAACUUGCGCAAGUCACUUGGAUUUACUAGAGCUAGUAGCUUGCAAUUACGAUUAAAGAAAGAAGAUUGUGUGUGUACUUGCAUCUAUUAGCGCAAGUUACUUGCACUUACUGGCGUGGAAUAAUUACUCAAUAUAGUGGAAGAAUGUGAAAGAAAAGUAAACGAGAGAAACUGUCCAAGUAUUAUUUGGAAGUAGUAUGUAAUUAAUCCCUGCUUUAUAAUCCCUGAAUAAUAAAUUAAAAUUGUUAAAUUUGAAUUCUGUAUAAAUUAAA